ACAAGUAUUUAGAAAUCCCAGAUGUAGUGACGUCACGACGUGGUCCGUCCAAUCAGAGGGGCCGGUGAAUAAUGUGCACGAGCCCCAAAGUCGAAUCCAAACGUCUCUCCUCCGCCAACCGCCCCGGUAAGUUAACGAUCUCCGCCGUUUUACACCGUGAACCGGCGGGUAGCCAGCCGUUGAUCUAUUGGACCCCUCAGAGACGUGUACCGAGACAAAUGUCCCUCGGAUCUUCUUAUCGUCCCGCUUUAACUUCUCUAACCGUCUCGCGACACCGGCUAGCAGCGACUAGCUAACGCUAGCUAGCUCAACCGCCACUUUGCGUUUUAGCAUGUUAGCUCGUUUCGAACGUUGGAUCCGAUUUGAAUGCAGAGAUGAUAACUGCGUGCGAGGCUAAUGCAGUGUGACGUCACAGCUGUUAAAACCACAGACAGUCCUUGAUGCUGUCACACUGCAGCACGUGAGGCUGCUUCUACCUAGUGGUACUUAUUGGAAAUACUUUCACAGAAGUUAUUUGAUAUUUAUGAACCAUGAGUUUCUUCUAGCAGCAGCUCAGUGUGUCGGUGUUCACGUGAGCAGCAGAAAUGAGCAGCAGAAGCCGCAGGUCCUGGUGAGCUCAUGUGUCACACACACACACACACACACACACACACACACACACACCUGCCCUUACAACCACACACCUGGCGCACAGCUCCAGAGGUGCCUAGUCUAGUCGUGGAUGGGGUUAGACUGGUUUGGAUCAUGUUGGACCCCCCUCAUGAUGAAUGGAUGAAUCCAUCGUCCCCUGUCUCAGUACCAAAGGUCGCUCCAGCUGUUUGGGACAUAAGGGACGAUUCUCCAUCAAGCCUGGAUGGACUAAUGACGAGGACGACAAGUUGCACAGACUGGUGAAGGAGUUUGGUCCAAACAGCUGGUCCUCAGUUUCUCUGCAUAUUAAAGGUCAGAGGUCAGAUGUGGAGUGUCAGCGGAGGUGGCAGCACAUCAAAAACCCAGAGCUGGUGAAAGGUCCCUGGACUCAUGAUGAGGAUGAGAGGGUCCUUGAGCUGGUUCAGAAGUACGGCGUGAAGCGCUGGUCGCUCAUCGCCAAACACCUGCACACUCGUAACGGGAAGCAGUGCCGCGAGCGGUGGCACAACCACCUGAACCCGACAGUGAAGAAGAGCGGCUGGACCCUGGAGGAGGACCUCACCAUCUGUGAGGCCCACCAGCUGAUGGGGAACCGCUGGGCCGACAUCUCCAAGAUGCUGCCCGGCAGGACAGACAACUCCAUCAAAAACCACUGGAACUCCACCCUGAAGAGGAAGGUGGAGAAGGAGGGAUAUCUUCAGGACAUCCACAACUCCUUUAGCUCCUCCGGGUCCUCCUCCUCACCCAGACCAGCAUCUGGGACCUUGGACCCCUCCAAGCAGGGAGACAGUCUGUCCAGGGGGAAGGACGAGUCCAGCUGCUCCUCAAGCGAUCAGACCAACCACGCCCACCUGUGCCCUGGCUGCGCCCCCAGCUCCUCCUCCGGUUACAGCUCCUCUCUGAGCACGUGCGGGCUGACGCCGUCGGUGGAGCUGAUGGAGGCGAACAAGGGGACCUGGAGCUGUGGCCCACAGGAAGUGACCUCAUGCCUGGACCGACAGGACGCCCACCCGUCAGUCAUGUGUCUGAGCAGGAGUUACGUUGCAGGGAUGAACCCCGAGGAUGGAGGCUCCUUCAUCAGCACCACCUUCUCCCCCUCUGAGCUCCUCAGCCUGUGUGCUGUGGACGACCUCAAGCUGCUGCACCCGACUCUCACCUCCACCCCCGACCGCUCCCUGAAAGCCUCCACCAGCACCGCCCGGGACCAGUGGUAUCUGCACGUCCUCCCUGCCUCCUGUUGUGUUCCACUGGAGACGGCGAGCUCAUCCUCCUGCAAUGUGUCCAGGGCGUCGUCAGAGAGCAGCGGCGCCAUGAAGGCGCUGUGGGCGCCGGCCCCCCAAACGCCGACCGCUCUGAAGACCAGGAGCCCGCAGCAGGUCCAGGGAGAGAGUCUGCCGAGCUCCAUCCUGCAGGUCCAGGGAGAGUCCAGCUCGGACCUUCUGGAUCAGGAGGUCAAUCUCCAGAGUCAGUCCAGCGUGGUCCUGGGCUUUGAGGAGCUGGGCUGCUUCCCCCUGGACGGACAGAUGGACGUGUGGUGGUGUCAGCAGCCGGUUGGUUCCCUUCACUCACCAGAAUGUCCUGCACAUAGACGGCACUUUGAGCUGAGCGAGGAGAUCCAGCUGCUGAUGUUUGGGAAAACAGAAGAUCAGAUGAUUGUGACACAGCAUGCCCGACUCUACAUGGAGCCUUGAUCCUCAUCAUCCUCUUCGUCACCUCAUCAGGUCACCAUCAGAAGCCCCAGCCUCUCCAGCUGGUGAAUCAUGAGCACUUUGAUGUCCAGAUGUUCACUGCACAGAACCUCCAUCAGUUCUACUAAGUGACCCUUUAUUGAUUUAUUUAGCACGUGACAUGAAGUCUGUAUUUUAUACUAAACAUGACAUUUUUAUUGGUUUUACUGCAGAUCAAAUAUUUUUAACGGAACUGUCUUUUUAAACUUUUGUGUGUAAAUAUAUUUAUAGAUUUAUUUGAUGUCUAUUUCUUGAACUGUGAGGUAAACUUACAUAUGUGUACAUAUAUUUAUUAAUUUAUUUGAUGUCUAUUUAUUUCUUGAACUAUGUGAGGUAAACUUACAUAUGUGUACAUAUAUUUAUUGAUUUAUUUGAUUAUUUAUUUCUUGAACUCUGUGAGGUAAACUUACCUUUGUUCAUGACACAAAGACACUUUAUAAUUAAAACUAAAUGUUGCACUUUGGAUCCAAGCUAAAUGUUUAGAAACAAACAAGUUCAGUGAUUCUAUAGAACAUGUAAACAAAUAUUGAUUGCAAUGUAUUAUUUACGCUGGAAUGACAUGUUAUUGUUUGGUCAGAAAUGAGUUGUGAUAAUUAAGGUUUGUGGUGAGGAAUAAA